GCUCCAGUCUCAAACUUAACCCCGUUCCUGCUGAAGAAGAGAAGGUCUGCUGGAUGGAGAAAGAAGCUCUCGUGAAAGAGGAGGAAGAGGAGGCUGUUACAAUACAAAAACAAGUAGAGGGUGAGGCUGUUACAGUGAAAGAAGAAGAGAAAGACGUUACAGUGAAAGAAGAAGAGAAAGAUGUUUCAGUUAAAGAAGAGGAAGACGCGUUCAGAGUGAAAGAAGAGGAGGGGGACAUGACUGUCACAUCGAAAAAUGAAGAAGAGGAGGAAACUGGAUAUCUGGGCCCGGUUUCCCAAACGCAUCUUCAGGCAUCCAAUGGUUCUAACGAUGAACGUUCCCUGAUUAACACGAGAGAGAGGCGGGACUAUCGUGGGACCUCUGGGGAGCCUCAACAACAUCAUGAUGCUGACGAGGCAGAGAAGAGUCUCUCCACAUCCGAACAGCUCAAGAAACACCAGCAGAGACCCACAGGGAAGAAAUCUCACUGCUGCGCUGACUGUGGGAAGAGAUUCAACUCUUCAGGAGACCUUAAAAUACAUCAAAGAAUUCACACUGGAGAGAAACCUCAUGGCUGUGAUGAAUGUGGGAAGAGUUUCAUUCAGCUACAAACCCUGAAAUCACACCAGAGAAUACACAUUGGAGAGAAACCUUUUGGCUGUUAUCAAUGUGGGAAGAGUUUUACUCAGCUAAACAGCCUGAUAGUACAUCAACGGACACACACAGGAGAGAAACCUUAUAGCUGUAAUCAAUGUGGGAAGAGAUUUUCAACAUCUAGCUAUCUAACUAUACACCAGAGAACACACACAGGAGAGACACCGUAUAGCUGUGAUCAAUGUGGGAAGAGUUUUACUCAGCUAAACAACCUGAUAGUACACCAGCGUACACACACAGGAGAGAAACCUUAUGGCUGUGAUCAGUGUGUGAAGAGUUUUUAUACAUCUAGCCAGCUGACUUCACACCAGAGAACACACACAGGAGAGAAAUCUUAUAGCUGUAAUCAGUGUGUGAAGAGUUUUUAUACAUCUAGCCAGCUGACUUCACACCAGAGAACACACACAGGAGAAAAAUCUUAUAGCUGUGAUCAAUGUGGGAAGAGUUUUACUACAUCUAGCCAGCUGACUUCACACCAGAGAACACACACAGGAGAGAAACCUUUUAGCUGUGAUCAAUGUGGGAAGAGUUUUACUACAUCUAGCCAGCUAACUUUACACCAGAGGACGCACACAGGAGAGAAACCUUAUAGCUGUGAUCAAUGUGGGAAGAGUUUUACUACAUCUCGCCAGCUGACUUCACACCAGAGAACGCACACAGGAGAGAAACCUUUUAGCUGUACUCAAUGUGGGAAUAGUUUUACUCAGUCAUUCAGCCUGACAUACCACCAGAGAACACACACAGGAGAGAAACCUUAUAGCUGUGAUCAAUGUGGGAAGCGUUUUAGUCACCCAAGCACCCUAAUAUCACACCGGAGAACUCACACUGGAGAGAAACCUUAUAGCUGUGAUCAAUGUGGGAAGAGUUUUAGUCACCCAAGCACCCUAAUAUCACACCAGAGAACACACACAGGAGAAAAACCUUAUAGCUGUGAUCAGUGUGACAAGAGAUACUCUGAUAAAAGAUCUCUGAUCAAACAUCAGAAAAUACAUACAUAAAGGAGUUGUUUCAUGAUAUCAAUGAAAUGAUGUCACAAUGUCCUGCUAAUUCUGAGUUUUAUGGUGUCCAUGCUUCCUGCAGCUAGUCUGGGUGUCGAAGACAUGGGUUUCAUUAGAGAUGGCUUGAAGCUGACAACUGAUUGAUGUCUCGUGAUUAAAAACCAAACAGCCACAUUCCAUUCUAUGACUAGUGGUGCAGAUGAGACAUAUGUCUCAGGUCUGAUUGAGCCUGCAUUCCAUAGACAAGAUGUGGUGUAUGUUUAUCUGGGAUAGAGAGGAGUAGAACAAAGGCCUCAAUGGUCCUUAGACAUCCUGGCAUCUGGGAAAUUAUGCCAGGGUCUGGGGUUAAGAUAACACCUGGGAAAUUGGGUCGGGGGUUAAGAUAACACCUGGUAAAUUAGGCCAGGGUCUGGGGUUAAGAUAACACCUGGUAAAUUAGGCCAUGUUCUGGGGUUAAGAUAACACCAGGUGCAGAUGAGCCCAGAGUGGCUUAUGGUGCCCCCCAAUCCAUAUGGGAGAGGUGGAGCCAAGCAUUCUGGGUAUUAGCAAUAUAAACUGUGCGUUGUCUGUAAAGGGUAGACUCUCAGACUAACAGUCAGUUAAGACUGUUGGGCUGACGGUUUCAUUAUUGCAAUAAUUAAUUGAUAUUAAAUAAAGAUGAUUGUUUGACCAAGUCACUCUCUACUGAAUUUCCACGACACCACCCACUUGAAUUAAAAUGCAACACUCCAAAAUGUAGCUAGCUGUUCUAUACAAGUUGUCCUCUAACCAGUGAUGUACACAUUAUUCCCAGAUUCCGUGUGUUUUUUGAUCUGUUAGUUUUAACAGGACGUGCAACCUCAUCUCCCUCCUCUCGGCACAAUUGAUUUCAACAUGAUAUCGAUGAGUUAUGACAAAUAAGUGUUGCGUUCCUUUGUUUAGCAACCCCUAAAUUUAAAUGCAUCACUCCAAAAUGUAGCUGACUGUCUUGUGCAGGUUAUCCUCUAACCAGUGAGGUGAAAUAUAUCUCCCAUUUUGUCAAAACAACAGCGUUUCUGGUGCUUGUGCAGUUUAAAAGGUGAUUGUUUAAGUAAUAAGUAACAUGAUUAUUGUGGCAGAUGUAUUGUCUAUAUAGCACAUUUUACAUUUAGGUUUUCAAUUUAUCACAAACUGUUUUUGCAUUAUGGUUAUUGCUUUAGACACGUUCAAACUGUGUUUUGACAUUGGGGCUAUCCCACCUAGCAAAAUGUCAUUGAAAAGAAGACCAAUAUAUGUCUGGCUGUAGUUGAAAGUGAAAUGUGAAAGAGGUAUUUUUGUUGUUUUAUAAACUAUUAAAUAAGAAUUUGUCCUUAA